GAACUAUUGUCGGCAAUUUUAAGGUUAUGGUUGGGGCAUGUAUCCGCGCAAACUGCGUUUACGUUUACUUUUUAAUGUGGCCUUAAAAAGAGUUGUUUUAUCUAACGUCACCUUGCCAAGUUUACUUAGCUUAGUAGAAAUAAACAGUGAGUUGAAUAAAUUACUAUAAAAUAUGUCCAUGAACGGCACUAGUACUUUAAGACCGAUUGUUUUAUUCGGUCCUUCUGGUAGUGGAAAAUCUACCUUGAUUAAGAGGAUUAUGAAGGAUUUUCCGAAUAAAUUUGGGUUUAGUAUAAGUCACACAACAAGAAAACCGCGCCCAGGUGAAGUAAAUGGAGUACACUACCACUUUACGAACCCAGAGGAAUUCCAAAACAAUAUAGACAACGGUUUGUUCAUAGAGAGUGCAAUUUUUGGCAAAAAUAUGUAUGGAACAAGCAAAAAAGCUGUCAAAGAUGUUAUUGCUAGAGGACAGAUAUGUAUUCUUGAUAUAGAUUGCCAGGGGGUGCGUAAAGUGAAAAAAACAGACUUAAAUCCGCUGUACAUUUUCAUUCAGCCACCUUCUAUGGAAGAUUUAAAAUCGAGACUUAUUAAACGAGGCACUGAAACAGAUGAGAGUCUUAAAAAUAGACUCGAAGCAGCUAAGCAAGAAAUUGAGUAUGGAAGUCAACCAGGAAUUGCAAAUCUUCUCAUUGUCAACGAUGCUUUGGAAGAUGCCUACAAUAAACUCAAGAAAUAUUUGGAAGAAAAUGUUUUGCAUUAAAUAAGUCGAGUUAUUUUUCCUAAACAUUCCUCUAUUUUUAUACGUUUUUACAUAAUAACUCAGUAUUGAUGUACUUAAUUGGUGAUAUUAACAAUUAGUUAUGUAAGGUGUUGUAAUAAAUCUUUUAAGUUAAUAAA